AUGUCUGCAUCCACUGAGCCAGGCACUCGGGGAAACCUCACGGUUGAGCAAAAGAAGAGUCUUCAAGAGGCUUGGGUGCAUCUUCUCAGACUCAGUGGAGACCAGAACAUCUCCCAUGAUGCCCCCGACAAAACCAAUGACUUCUUGCAACACUUCAAGAACAAGUCUCCUGAGCACUUCAAACGAAACCUCUGGGAGAAUUUUCUUGCUGAUCACCCUGAUACCUCCAUUCUCCGCUUCCUUCGAGCUCGUGAUUGGGAUGUUCCCAAAGCUAUGGACAUGUUUGUGUCUUCACUCAACUGGCGUGAUGAGCGACAAGUACAGAAGACCAUCAUCGGCGGAGGUGAAGCUGUUGGUCUGAAGAAGUCGCUCACCCCUGAUGAAGAAGCUUUCAUGGCACAGUAUCGCUCCGGGAAGUGCUAUGUCCGGGGAACUGAUAAUGAUAACCAUCCAAUCCUUGCCAUCAAGGUCCGGCUUCAUGAUCCUCACAAGCAGACCGCAGAAGCUAUGGAGACAUUUGUUUUACAUAACAUUGAGACGCUUAGGAUGAUGUCCAGAGAGCCUAAGGACAAAGUAUGCCUCAUCUUUGAUCUCACUGGCUUUGGACUGCGCAAUAUGGACUUUCAUGUUGUGAAGUUCCUCGUCGACAUUCUGGAGACGAGAUAUCCAGAGACUCUGGGAGUAGUCCUUGUUCACAAUGCUCCAUUUGUAUUCUGGGGUGUAUGGACCGUCAUUAAGCACUGGCUAGACCCAGUGGUUGCUUCCAAGAUUCACUUCACAAGUGGCACAAAGGGACUUCUCAAGUUCAUCCCAAAGGCCAACUUGCAAAAGUCAUACGGUGGUGAAGACCCUUGGGAAUAUAAAUAUGUAGAGGCUGUCCCCUCAGAAAAUGAGAGAAUGGGGUCGGAGGAGAAAAAGACCAAGAUACAGAUUGAGCGACAGGAGUUGAUUGAUCAGUUUGAACAAUUGACAGUUGAAUGGGCUACUGGUGACGACUCUGAGGCCAGCCUGGAGGCGAAGGAAAGGAGGGACGAGUUGGCUGUACUGCUUGAGCUGAACUACUGGAAGCUGGACCCGUACAUUAGAUCUAGCACUUACUACCAUCGCGCUGGAGUAGUUAACAGGCAAGGUGGCGUAGACUUCAAAGCUGCUAGGUAG